UAAACGUACGACUGUGGGAUUUUUCCCGUGAUAUUCGCUUGAUUUCCGCGCUCGCCAAUUUGAAAUUUAGGGUUGUGAAGCCUCUGAGAAUCUCCCCCCAAUUCCUCCAUUUUUAGGGUUUCUAGCUUUUCCAAAGCCUCAAGCCCUCUACUUGGAGAUCUCCGUCAGGCGUUAAUGGCGGAUUCAGAGUCUCCUUCCCCUCCCCUUUCUCAGAAGAAAGAGAAUUUGGCUCCUGUUAGUUCAAAAAUAGCGGAUCUGAACAAGUCCAAGACAGAGUUGUUGACACGAAUUCAAGGGCUGAAACAGGAUAUGCAAGAGUGGAGAUCAAAGUUGGACUCACAAGUUAAGACUUACCGUGAUGAACUCUCUGGGUUGAAGAAAACGCUUAAUGUUGAAGUUGAGCAACUUAGAUCGGAAUUUCAAGAAUUGAGGAACACUCUCCAGCAACAACAGGAGGACGUAACAGCUAGUCUUAGGAACUUGGUGAUAAGUGAUUUGCCCAAAGUGGAGGAAUCUGUCAAGGCAACUGACGUGACCAAGGAGGAGGACAAUGCUAAGGAAAGUGAUGAACCCAAAGUGAAGGAGCUGGCUAAGGAAUCAGAUGAGAAGGUGAACUGAUGUCGGCAAUUGAUGCGUCCAGUGGAAUGUAUUGGAUGAUUGGGAGAACUGGUUUUUGUUGAUAUCCGGAGGGAUGCAGUACUUGUAUUUUGUCCAAGUCUUUUCGAUGUGAAGUAAUUUUGGACAUGUUUUGUAUUAGUUCGAUCAUCUCUUGUGAUGGGCUCUUGAGUGAAGACUGAAGAUGGGCUAUAUGUCAAAAACCUAGUUCUAUUUUGGCAUUGAAGGUAUAUAAAUUAAAGGGUGUCUCCGUUAUCAUUAAAGUAGGAACCUGAUGCUGUGGGAGCUUGUGGUUUUGUUUGAAUGGUUUUGAAUCAACACAACACAAUUCAUAGUAAAAGGACACGAGCUCGAUGAUUUACUUGCA